AUGGCCUGGUUCUUGGUCUCAGUGACAUUUGUAAUCCUCGCAAGAACAGCAGGCGCCGUGCCUGCUCUUAUUACGGGUACUGCCCUUCCGCCAAAUAUCGCCCAUCAGGCGGGCGGUGGUCUUCCGAACCAACCAGGCAGUCCUCGGGUCUUACAAAACGGGCUUUCCAACUUCCAAGUGGCAAACUUCCUCGAAAACCUUGAAUCUGCUUUUUUCCAAGAAGGCUUGUUCAACUUAAGCCAGUGGGCACAUUGCGGCCAAGGAAGAAAUUCAUGUGGCAGCAAUAGUUUCCUUGUUGCGUGGAAAUCAUUUGGUGUACAAGAUGUGGCGCCCUGUCAAUAUAUUUUUCCUGUCACGGAUCAAAGUAGUUUCUUUGCCCUUGGAAAUAUCAUCACUACCGUUGGCAUUGGUGCUUUAGUUGGUCUCCAGAGUGCACUGGCACUGUCUGAUCCCACAAUCGAAGCAACCAUUGGGUAUAUUCUCCCUGUUGAAUCAAGGCAUGAUGCGUUCUUUCGUAUCACUGCGAACGAAAUUCCAAACCCUACCACAUUUGAGACGCCUAUCAGUGGCAUCUGGGCUUACAAUUUGGCAUUGGAUUUUGUCAUGGCAGGCUCAUGCUCAAACCUUCCCCAGGCAGUUGCCUCUUUACCAGUUUUUCCCGACCUUGGCAUUGUCGGUUAUGGUGAUCCUUCCUUUGCCACACCCAACGCCCCUGGGAAUUAA